AAUGUAUUGGAGCUUACAGCACGAGCAGUUGGAGUGCAACUAGUGUCAUGCAGUUAGUAUCCCGAGUGUUAACUAAGUGUGAAAACAUAGUAACUCGAGUAAAAAAAUUCUCUCGAUUUUCUCUCUCUCUCUCUUUCCUUUUAAAUUUCAAGAUUGUAAUCAUUUUUAAGAUAUUACGUGCAAUCGAACUCUAUAAGAAAACGCGAAAAAAAAUUAUUCAAACAUUAUGAGAUAUAAACACAUCAGUCUCGUCGGUGCAUCACUAAUUACGGCGCUCUGCGUACUUUCUGGACUCAUGUACUACUUCAAUCAAGACAAGUGUCCUGUCGGUACGUUCCUGUGUCAUAAAAGCACCAUAUGUAUGCCGCAACGUAGCUGGUGCAAUGGUGUAUCGGAUUGUCCGUAUGGCGACGAUGAAUCCACGGAAAAUUGCUUUGACAUGCACGGAACUUGGGAUUGGUUUAUGAAAGACAGAGACUGGGGAAACUCGAUGGAUUGCGAUGCAUUUGAGGACGCGCUAGUUGAUGACAGAUGCAUCUACGAUGCAUGUCGUGUGACUUGUAUGAAUUAUACCGAGAUGCCUCAGAACUUGUCAUCGAAUGUCACAGCGAUUUUCUUAACUGAAAAUUCACUCACGCAUUUGCCUCGCAACGCUUUAUCGAGAUAUCCAGAGAUACGCUUAUUAUAUCUCGAUAAUAAUGAUAUAGUCGAGUUGGAAACAGGAGCAUUUCUCCAUCAAACUGAAUUGUUCUGGUUAGUUCUUACGAAUAAUCGAAUCAAGGAAAUAUUACCUGGACAUUUAAUGGGACUAAAUAAAUUGGAAACCCUGAGGCUGGAUCAAAAUAGAAUUGUGACGGCAAAUUUUUCUGAUUUGGAAAACAGCACCACUGUGUACUUGAUGUAUAAACACUGUCACAAUACAAGGCUGUCAAAUUUGAGUAAGAACAUGUUAAUGGAAUUUACCCUGAAACUAUCACAAUUGCCGACAUUGACGGAAAUAAUAUUGGAUGGAAAUCGCUUCGAGUCGAUAACGGAAGAUUUAUUCGCCGGAUGCCCCGCUUUGAAAUCACUGAGUAUGGAGGACAAUAGCAUAAGGAACAUUGAUGUGAACGCGUUCCGAAAUUUGCAGCAACUUGUCGAGCUUAACCUGGCCUACAACAGGAUAGUCGCGAUACCGUCCGACGUAUUCCAGCCUGUAAAUAAUCUGUCGAAGCUAUUAAUCGGCUACAAUCCCAUCGUCGAGUUACCAAUGACGCUCUUUAAUCCGCUGAACAAUCUUCGCUCUCUAGGAGUUGAGGAUAUAAACAUGGACAAUAUGGAAAAGAACGCAUUCGACAUGUUUUCAAAUCUCGAUUUCGUAUAUUUUAAAAAAUUCCACUACUGCAUGACCUACGCACCAAAGGUACAAAAAUGCAGACCCAUUAGCGAUGGUGUGUCAUCGACGUCUCACUUGCUGAGCAAGUCUCUAUUAAGAACUGCUGUUUGGAGCAUAUCUUGCGUCACUUGUCUCGGUAAUAGCCUUGUUCUGUGGGGAAGAUUCACCGCCAAGGAUGAAAACCGCGUUUUAAGUAUUGUCAUCAGAAAUCUUGCAGUGUCCGACAUGUUGAUGGGAAUAUAUCUCUUCAUAAUCGCCAUAAAGGACGCGAAGUUCCGCGAUAACUACCAACAGGAGGCGAGUACGUGGAUGUCCUCGUGGUCCUGCACGCUUCUGGGAGCUUUGGCGAUGAUGUCAUCCGAGGUUUCUGUGCUCAUCCUGUCAUUCAUGUCCGUGGAGCGGUUUAUUUUGAUCGCAGCACCUUUGAAAGGUCAUCGCGCCAUGACGUUUCAAGCUGCAUCCUCGUCGAUGAUUGUCAUCUGGAUUAUUGGAUUUAUUCUCGCUCUUAUACCAGUUAUCCACUGGAGAAGCAGUACGAGAUACUACGGUGUCAAUGGAAUGUGCUUUCCUCUACACAUAGACGAUCCAUAUCUAAUAGGCUGGGAAUAUUCGACCUUUAUCUUUCUGGGACUUAAUCUCGUCGGAUUGAUGAUUAUCGGUUACGUUUACGCUGCCAUGUUCGCCAGCAUCUGGAGAACGCGUCAUGCCACACCGUUAUCGGUCGGCGAUUCCGAGUUUGCCCUCAGAUUCUUCCUAAUCGUAUUGACAGAUGCAGCGUGUUGGGCGCCAAUUAUAGGACUAAAAAUCUUCGCCAUGCUGAACUAUCCUGUGCCACCUGAUUUGCACGCUUGGAUAGUGAUUUUUAUCCUGCCAGUGAAUAGCGCGAUUAAUCCACUGUUGUACACUUUUACCACGCCGAAAUUUCGCGAGAGGUUCAACGAGAGUUGGUUCGGAAAAAUCCGCACGUAUAUAUCGAGGAAAUAUUCCAGACAAGAUUCACAGACAUCUACCACCGACAAAACUACAACUACUGAUAAUAAAAACGCGAUGCAAUCAUUAUCCAUGUGGACCAAACGUGAUAGUGACAGAAGAAGAAUAUCGUUCGUUGAUUUUAGCGAUGAAAAGCAAAAUUAUAAUGAAUUCGUUUCAUAAUUAAUAAUAAAUAUGUAUCGCGC